ACGAUAAGGAUUGUAAUGAAUGAACGAAAAUGGCGUCCGCCUUAGAGAAUUUGGAAGCUCAAUUGGAGCUCUUUAUCGAGAAUGUGCGGCAAAUACGUAUUAUUGUGAGCGAUUUUCAACCUCAAGGACAAAAUGUACUGAAUCAGAAGAUACAAGGUUUAGUUAAUGGCUUGCAAGAGAUUGAUAAGCUAAAAUCUCAGGUGCAAGAUGUCCAUGUGCCAUUGGAAGUAUUUGAUUACAUUGAUCAAGGAAGAAAUCCUCAAUUGUACACCAAAGAUUGUAUAGAGAAGGCUCUGACAAAGAAUGAACAAGUAAAAGGAAAGAUUGAUGCAUAUCGGAAAUUCAAGGCGAAUAUGUUAGUGGAAUUGAAUCGAGUUUUCCCAAAUGAGUUAGCCAAGUACAGAGCAAUUCGUGGAGAUGAAUAAGACAAUCUAAAUUUAUGGGCCAGAUCUUGACAACCAAAUGAUUCUUUAUACAUGCUGCCACAAUCUGUAAUUUGUCAUCUUAUAACUUUUUUAUAUUUGUUCAAAAAAAUGUAUUAUCU